AUGGCGAAGGCAGCUAAGGAAAUCCAAAUGGAGAACCCAGGAGAGGUAGAUACUCAGGGCACAGGGGCGACGUGCUCCCCAGCGGAGGAACAGGCAGAAAAACCCUCCAUGCUCUGUUUUAAGAAGCGGAAGAAGUCCUGUAAGAAGGGGCUGACCACGAAGGAUGCGUGCGAAGGAGCCUCGGAGGAGAAAAGCCAAUGUGUCAGCACAGACCAAGGGGAGGCGAAAGUUUCUGAUCAGCCGCGAUCCUCCAAAGGAGCCUGGGCAGCCAUCAAAAACCUCGCAAGACCUCGGAGAAGGCAGAAAUCCUCCUCGCGGAAGAAGGUGCCCUCCAAUUCCCAAGUGCAGCUGGAGAUGGACGCUGAGGAGGGCUGUGCACAUGGCUUCCAAAAAAAACGGGCGAGCUCCGGGGUGAAGGUGCCCUGCGUGCAGUUCUCCAGAGGCAAGAAAAAACCCAGCCCCUCUGAAGCAGUGGAGGAGUCGGAGGGUAGUGUUCAAGCAAAUGAAGUGGUGGGCGUUUUGAAUAAAGCUAGUGAAGAGCCGGAGGAUUUGGCCCCGACGGACAAGUCUGAAUCCUUCAGCCCGGUCUCUGCAGAGGAGGACCAGGAUACAGGGAAGGAAAGCACUGACUCUGUUGGGAAGAGCGAGCCCUUGCCAGAGCCCACAGCUGAUGCAGAGGAACAUACGGAGUGCGCUGCUCAGUCGGAGUUUACCGAUUCAGAGACAAUUAAUGAAACACCCCAGGAAAAACCACAGGAGGGGAGCCUACCCCAAAGCCCAGUCCACACAGAAGGCCAGGAAGUUGCUCCCGAAGCUCCCGUUUCCAAGGAUCAGCCCGACAGUACCCCUGAAACCACCGAGCUGCAGGAAAUCCCUAAUAUCUGCAAAGAGCUGCCUGAAGGGGAUGAAUCAGAAAAGAGCAUAAAUCUUCCUGAGGAGUGCAAAGCUGAAGAGACUGUAAUGGAUUUCAGUCAGCCAGCGUUUAAAGAUGAUGCAGCGAGCGUGCAGGGCUGCUCCGGCCAUCAGGUGACAUUAGAAGCAAACAGGGGUGCCGGCAUCGGCAUCGUCAUCACUGUCACCGAAGCCGAGGACUCUGACAACACCGACUCUGACCAGGCCUACGAGCCAUCCCCGGUUUUGCACCGAAAUAAGCAAAAAGGGAAUAAAAAAUCAAGCGGGAGCUUUGAUUUUGGUAAAAAAGAGGGACCCGAGGCUGGCGGUGGUCCCCAGGCAGAGGAGAAAGGUCCGGGCGACCAAGGGCACAGAACUGGGGAGCAGUACGAACUGCUCCUCAUAGAAACGGCGUCUUCCCUUGUGAAGGCGGCCAUUCAGUCAUCCAUAGAGCAGCUGGUCAACGAAAUGGCCCUGGAACAGAAUAAACACAACAGUUUCCUGUGA